UCCCUCCAUUGCACAACCAAAUCAUAUCAAAAUGACUGUCAAACCCGGUGACUCCUUCCCCAACGACGUUGUUUUCCAGUACGUCCCCUGGACGGAGGAAAACAGCGGCGUCCAGGCAUGUGGCAUCCCGAUCAACUACAAUGCCUCCAAGGAAUGGGCCGAUAAGAAGGUCGUGCUGUUCUCUGUUCCUGGCGCGUUCACCCCUACCUGCUCGGUCAACCACCUCCCCGGCUACAUCCAGAACCUGCCGCAGCUGCGCGAGAAAGGCGUCCAGAUCGUGGCCGUCCUCGCCUCCAACGACCCCUUCGUCAUGAGCGCCUGGGGCAAGGCCAACCAGGUCCGCGGCGACGAUAUCCUCUUCCUGACUGAUCCGGAAGCUCGCUUCUCGUCCUCGUUGGGAUGGGCCAAUGCGGGCCGCACCGGCCGGUACGCCAUUAUCAUCGACCAUGGGAAGGUCACUUAUGCCGAUAUCGAGACGAAGAAGGGCGCUGUUGAGGUGUCGGGGGUGGAUUCCGUGCUGGCCCAUCUGUAAUUUAUCUGUCUCUGUCUUCUGUCUCCAUCUUAGGUAGUUCGCCUGACUGGACUCAAUAAAAACUGCCAGACUUGGAUAUGGACUGUUUGUUGACGCUGUAUAAAUCGUGUCUGAAGCCGAUAUUUGUAAUCAUGUGCAUAUUGGGAUGUUAUGCACAGGCGGUGAAGCCAUAGUGGGGAAAUG